UUUCAAUCUAUCAUAGAAAAAAAUCAAAUUAAGAAUUCCAAACAUCCAAAUUCCAGAAAACAAUGACCUUCACCCUCAUCCUCCACCACUCCAUAAUUCACAAGAAAAAAAUUGCUCUUUGAUCACGCAUAGGCUCAGUCUCACACCAUUAUUUGGGCUAUAAGCCCUCAAACAUUUUGUAAUCUAUGAUUAUCAGUUUUCCUAAUUUGAAUUAGUUAUUGAAUUAUUCAAUGGAAAAGGAGAAAAAGUGGGAGCGAGACAAAUAUUUUUCAAGAUUGUGGUUUUGAAGAUGCUAUUUGAAUCUUGAAUUUCCAAAUCUUAAUCCUAAUCCCUAACAGUUUUAUGAUUUAAGGAGGAGGAAUAAAAUGGGGGUUACAUUAAUGGAGUUUGGGAAUCAUAUGAGGAAAGGUGUGAUGUAUCCAAUUAGAGGGUGUUUGCAUCAUCCAUUUCUUGUGUUUGUUGUGUGUGGGAUGAUAUACAUUUCAAGGGCAUUUCCUUUCACGACACCCUUGUUGCUUUCGGUCUCUCCGGUCGUAGUCUGCGUGGCCGUGCUGCUCGGAACUCUAUUGUAUUACGGACAGAAGAGCAUACACGAGACUGAGAAAGAAAUGAAGUCCAAAUACGAGGGCAUUUCACUUAGAAAUCACAAAUUUGUCGAUGAUAAUGCUAGUGUUGUUGUUGAGAAGGAUGAGAAGCUUUUUGUUGAGAAAUGCGGUGGGGGUGUUGAGAGGAAGUUGGGAGUGGAUUCGAGUCUGUUAGGGCGUAACCUAGGCGAGAUUCGUGUAGGAGGAGACGGAUUGAGUAAGGGGAUUCAUGUAGGCGUAGAUGGAUCGAGUGAGAUUGAGUCAGAGAGGGGAGAGGGGACUGGUGAUGGUGAUGGGGAAGUGAUGGCUGAUCACUAUGCUAUAAUCUCGAAAGUGAUUGGUGAUCUACUAGAAUCGGAGUCGGAGCACGAGAAAUCUGAGGGGGAUUCGUACGAUUCCGAGAGGGGGAACGGAGAGGGAGAAGGUUUGGCCUCAGGGUCCGAGUGCUUGUCUCCGGAUGACGCCUCGAUCGCGGACAUAAUACCGACGAGGCUCCACCCUCUUUUGGACGAGGACGCUCCUCAGCCUGCUCAGGUGUCGCAUGCCAGGUCCGAGACGUCCCUAAACGAGCAAUCUCCGGGAUCAAGCAUCGGCAGCAUUGAGUUGGCUGAUGAGACCGAUGUUCAAGAAUCGGAGGCUGCAGACGAUGACGACGACACGGAGGAUCACACCAAGUCUGUCAUUACUUGGACUGAGGAGGAUCAGAAGAAUCUGAUGGAAGUUGGGAAUUCGGAGAUCGAAAGGAACCAACGGUUGGAGAGGAUUUUAACGAGGAGAAGGAAUCGGAGCAUGAUCCCGGAGAUAAACUUGAUGGAGUUGGAAAACUCCGAUUUUCAGUUCCAAGUCGCUCCUAUUUCCACAGCAAGACGGAAUCCGUUUGAUCUGCCUCAGGACUCGGUCCCCGGCUCGGCUCCUUCAGUUUUAUCACGACGAAGAACGAAUCCUUUCGAGUUGCCAGAUGACUUGAUUGAAGAGGAUCUGAAAGAAAUGGGGGACGAGUCUCGAGUAGAGAUUAAGCCUUCACUAACUCGACGCCCCUUCCUUGGAAGGCGCGACAAUUUAUCUGCAAUGCCCUUGAUCUUUUCCCCGAACAGGCUAGAGAGGCGGCCGGUGAAGAUAAGGCCAUUCUUCGUUGCAGAACGGGCGAUUGCAGAUGAGCCAGGCUACUCACCGUAUAAACGGCAAGCAAGCAGGAAGAGCUCUAGUUCGGAGGAAACAGAAUCGGUUGGGUCGGUCGAGUAUUUUGAAGACGAGGCAGAAGAAGAUCCGGAAGAUGAUCAUGAACUGGUCCCCAAUGAUCAAGAGAGUGCGGAUACAAGGAUGGUGGACGAUGUUCCGAACAGGGGGCCUGUGUACGACACCGACACGAGCCCAACUGCCGCGGCUAGACUGGAAGUACAGCAUUCAGAUGAUGAAGGAAUACAAGUGCGAGAUACUCCGUCUGCUCAUUAAGAAAUACGCGUUUACAUCUAUGGAUACACAAGACAAAAUACAAGGUUAAUCUCUAGGCAAGGAGUCGAGGAUAAACGAACAACGCAGCAUUGCUGCUGAAAACUGUUGUGAGGAGAGCUAAAAGACACAGAAUGAUUUUGGCUUGAUUUCUUGAGUUUUCAUAUUGUGUUUGUACGCAGUUGUUCGAAUCCAUAUUAAGAAUUAGAAUGCGCUGUCGAGUCGCUUGAAAUGGUAA